AUGUCAAAACGUUUGCUUGAUGACAAUAUCAAUUCAACCUCAUCAGCAUCAUCGGAAGCACUUCCCUCUGCAAAAAAGCGUAAAGAUGAUCAUGAUCAAAACAUGUCAAUUUUUCAUCCAAUUCCACACCACUUGAUUUUAAAUAUUUUCGAUUUUGUAUUAUUUCCUCUCAAUAGGUACUACUACAUCUCCAGAUCGGAUAUGGAAAAGUAUGAAGAUGUUGAUUUUAAUGCUAGCUUUCGUAAUUGGGAAAUUAGAGAGAAAAUAGGAUUUUCUAAAUUACAAAAUUUAAUAUUUGGAUACUUUUCAAAUGAUCCAUUUAGAAAGGUACAACUCUUGUUUAAACAUUUAGAUUUUGAUUUUGUGAAUUGUCCAUAUCAACACUCUCAAUUGGUUUCAACUAUGAGGUUGAACGGAAUCAAGUCUUUAAUUUGGCCAACUUAUUUUAUUGGACAAUGCACUAUUGUUGAUUUCCCGUACUGGGAUUUUUGUCCUGGUCUUGAAAAUCUCAAGUUUUUGGAUGUUUCAACAAAGGAUAAUUAUGAAAGGUUUUUGAAAUGUGGUUUAAAUUUGAAAUCUGUAGAAUUUGAACACUCUGAUGAAAAUGAAGAAGGGACACCAAUGAUAUACAAUGGAAAUUUUACCGAAUUCUUUGGAACAUUCUCUGGAAUUACAUCAAUUACGGCACAUUAUUGUGGAAUUAAUGAUAAGGGAUUGUUGGAAAUUAUCUCUAUUUUACCUAAUAUUGAAAAAUUAGAUGUUUCGAAUAAUUUGAUAACAGAGUUUAGCAUAAGGAAACUUUUCUCUCUGGAAAAAAUUAAAGAGCUUAAGGUUUCAACAAAUGAAAUUGUAGGAGCUGAUUUAUUCUCAGAGAUGAAAAAGCCAAUUCCACUAAGGACGUUAGAUAUUGAAAAUGUAAAGAAUGGAUUUUUCAAAGCAUUACACGAAAAAUCGUCACUCCUGCCAAAACUCACUAGUCUUAGGGUUCAAAUUGAUGAACAUAUUGGAGAAGAGUUGAAAGUAUUCCUUCAAAGUAAUAGUACGAUCAAAAAGCUUGAUAUUGAAGGAGGAAAUGAACAUGAAAAUUUUGAAAUUAUUGAUAAUCCAAACAAGUUACAAAUUGAGCAUAUAGGAAUCACUGGUUAUAGAGGUGGUUCAAUAGAUACAUUACUACACACACCUUGUAUCAAAUCUCUAUCAUUUUACACCAGACACCAAACAAUAAUGGGAGAUUUGAGUAACAGCUUUAUUGAAAGAUUGACUCUACAAGGGGAAAUUUCUUCAGAAAUACUCAAAUUACUAGCACAACCAUCCUCUGAAUGUUUCCCUAAUCUCAAUUAUUUAAGUUUAUGCUACAUUACUGCAGAAAACAUUAAUUGGAAAUCAAUAGCUAUGAAUCGACCAAAUUUACAAAUUGAAAUUGAAGAUUUGAGUGGUUCGGAUGAAAGUAUUGCAGAAUUAAUCAAACUAAACCUUCUAUGUAAAGUCACAAUUUUUGGUGCGUCAUACAAAGCUUUAACAACCUUAAAAGAGCAACACAAAUUGAAAUAUCUUCGAUAUGUACUUUCAGAUGCAAAAUCCAUUCCACUUCUUGCUGAAUCAUCUCUUGAACAAUUGGAGUUGCCUUAUGAUUCUGAGGUAUCAUCUUGGGGAGAAGAUGAAAUUAUGGAUUUAUUUGAUUAUUCCUCAAUUAUUCAUAUUUCAUGCGUACAAUAA